AUGUCAGCAGUGCUGGUUGUACACGGUGGGGCGUGGGCCAUACCGGAUGAACUGGCCAAGGCCUCUGUUGAUGGAGUUAAAACUGCAGCAUGUGAAGGGUUUGCAGUGCUGAAAAGAGGAGGAAGUGCCCUGGAUGCUGUUGAAGCAGCUGUGAGGACUUUGGAGGAUAACGCUGUGUUUAAUUCAGGACACGGAGCAGCAUUGAACACUGAUGGAGAGGUGGAGCUGGAUGCCAUCAUCAUGGAUGGAAGGACGCUUGCCUGUGGUGCUGUGUCUUCAGUACAGAACAUCGCCCACCCUGUGUCACUGGCACGAGCAGUGAUGGAGAAGACUUCCCACGUCAUGUUGACAGGCAGAGGUGCAAACCUGUUUGCAGAGAGCAUCGGUAUAACCACAGUUCCCACUGAUACACUUGUGACUGAGUACGAGAGGAAAGAAUGGGAGAAGCAGAAGACCUAUGUUACGGGAGUAAUGGAGGAUUUCAACUCUCAAUGGGCCCAUGACACUGUUGGAGCCGUUGCUGUGGACAGUGCUGGUAAUGUUGCAUGUGCAACAUCAACUGGAGGGAUCCGAAAUAAAAUGGUUGGCAGAGUAGGAGACUCUCCGAUCAUUGGCUCUGGAGGAUACGCUGACAACUCUAGUGGUGCAGUGUCUUGUACCGGUCAUGGAGAAUCUAUUCUUAAAGUGACACUGGCCAGACUCAUUCUGUCUCAUGUUGAACAAGGUAAAUCCGUGGCAGAUGCCUCCCGGUUGUCCCUGCAGCACAUGGGUGAUCGUGUCCAAGGUGCAGGAGGUGCAAUUGUUGUGUCUCCAUCGAGGGAGUGGGCUGCCACAUUCACCACAGAGCGGAUGGCUUGGGCUGCUGUGGAGCACGAUGUGCUUUGGUAUGGAUUAGAACCAAAUGAAAAGCUACAAGAAAAGAUAGCUCAGUAA